UCAUGCAUCGCCAGAAGCAAGCAGCUCUGCUCUCACUGUUGUUUAUGAGUGAAGUCUUUGCAGAGAAUUACACAAAGGUCCAUACAGAUGUGCCUGUGUACAGGGGCGAUUCUAAAACAUUCAUUUGCAACACAUCCAGGACAGAUACAAGCCAAGUCAGGUGGACCAAAGACAAUUUUCUUUUUUCACAUCUUUUCUCAAAGAACCAGACUUUUUCAAACUUUUCAUCUGACAGAGUGAAAAUAGAAAUAGACUCACCUUCAAAGCUGAUUAUUUCUAAUGUUCAGGAUGACGAUAAAGGACUCUAUAUAUGUAAUAUAACUGAAAGGAGGGGGCCUAAGUCUUAUCGAUGGAAUUUAACAGUGUUGCAGAAACCUGAAGGUGGCAGUUUAACACAGUAUUUCUUUCACUACUUUCUCCCAUCUGGGAUGGCAGUGUUCCUGUGUUGCAUCAUUUCAGCCAUCUGCCUCUGCAGAAAACUGAGGGCCAAGACACCAAACCAGAACCAAAUCCAGGACCAGUCCUAUGUGGAGUCAGCAGAAGAGCAGAGAGGCACGGAGAGGAGGACAAAUAAGCGGAGGAGUCAGUACAUGGAGAGGCUCAACUCAAUCUACAAUGCAUACUAAGCUGACACUACACUGUAAUGGGAGACUAACAAGUGGCAUGGACAUGGUUUAUAGUAAAAGUCAAAAUGUGAUUUUCAUUAGCUCACAUUUCAGCUUUCAAACCAGAUGCUCCAUUAACAGAUGAUCAAAGGACACUGGAAACCUUUACUUCUUCUUGAAGCGUUUAAAACCAGCGCAUUAACAG